AUGAUUCACUCAAGUGAUAUUGUUGCUAUGUAUGUGAAUAAUAGAAAAGGUUUUCUUGGUCAUCAAGGACAGAAGAAUGGAGGUAAAGGGGGUAAUGGCAAGAAAGAUAGGCCUGUGUGCACUUAUUGUGGCUUUACUGGACAUAUAGCUGAUAAAUGCUAUAAGCUCCAUGGUUACCCUCCUGGUUACAAACCAAAAGGAGGGAAUUGUGGAUUUGAUAACAUUUCCCCAAAUGUGCAUUCUGGUUUUCUGCCUAGUGGAGUCUUGCAAGGUGCUGGUGUUCAACCCUCUGGUGCUUGCAAUGAUGUUCAGACUGCUCACCAAGCUGCUUCUGUUAUGACUUCUUAUCCUUCUAUUCCAAACCCUUUACCUUCCACAUCAUCCUUUCCUCCUUCUUCAUCAAACUUUUCAGGUUAUAGAUCUUCUACAUCUGCUCUUGCUGCUGCUAUUACUUCUCUUUCUUCAUCAGAUUUAUCGCAUAGUAGAUUAGGACCCCCUUCUCAUUCCAAACUUCAAUUGUUGAAGCAACUUGUACAUGAUGUUGAUAUCAAUAAAACUGCUUCUUGUUAUGACAUUUGUCAUUUUUCAAAACAAAAGAAACUUCCUUCUACUGCUAGUACUCAUGUUUCCAAUAAUCCUUUUGAUUUGAUUCAUUGUGAUCUUUGGGGUCCAUUUGCUACUAGAACUGUUGAUAGUUUUAAAUUCUUUUUAACAAUUGUGGAUGAUUUUACUACAUGUACUUGGGUCUAUUUGCUCAAACAUAAGUCUGAAACACAAGUUUAUCUUCCACGGUUUGCUUCUAUGGUGUCUACUUAG